GUUUGCAGCAUUGGUGAUUCACACAAGCAGGCUGGUGCAUCUUGUAAAGGAGCUUGUCUCUCUGCAAUUGAUGGUCCACAAGCAGGCUGGCUCCUGAUUAAUAAUAAUAAAAAAAAAAAGUGAUUCUGGUUUUAAGAAGCAGCCAGAGGAAGAUCAGGAUGUCUACUUAAAUCUGCAGUUUGGAAGACUUUUUUUAUUAUUUUUUGGAAGAAGUCCUAGCCAUGGCCAACCAUGUUGUGUCUUUGGCUUUGCAUCUCUUCUUGGCCCCCAGGUCUUCUUCAUGUCCAUUGGAUUGCUGAGAAGAGACAGAAAUCCAUUCAAUAUGGAAAAGAGAUUAACUAGUAAAGUUUGAUUGUGCUGUGAAUAUUAAAAAGGAGUUGUCGGCUGAAGGCUUCUAUUGCACGGAGCUAGAAGCCUGGAGAAGAAAGAAGAAGUGAUUUCUUUAGCUGAUGAUCUCUAUGUAUUGACAUCUCUGGAUUGGGGGGUCUUGCUGCGGCUUGUCAUAUUCCUAUUUAUUCGCUGCUUGAUACUAUGCAACAAACAGAGCACUUGGAUCUGCUCCACGCCGAGGGAUUUUACUGUUUUAAUGCGGAUUUCAUCGCAGAAAUAUUAUUAAAUCCCUAUUUUUGUAAAGCUUGCCUUCAGAAGAUUGCAAAGGUGGAGCGACCAGAGAGAGCAGAUGACGGACCCAUUAAUCCUUUCAAUGCAUGGAAAGACCCUGGAAACGCUGUUAUGUAAAGCGGGUGAAGCCUUGGAUCUGGCUUUGGUCUCCCCCCAAACUAUUGCCCUGCGAUUGUCCCUUUGACAUUUCCUGGGGGGUGGGGGGGGAGAGGAAGGAAAAGUGACCUGCUAGCCCUCCAUGGCGAUCUGUUGCAGAGCCCUGGGGAUCUGUCUUGGAGAUGUCAUCUAGCGUUUAGAGACAUUUUAUAGGCGAUCAUGGUGAUUACUUGAACCGUUUAAAGAGGAAAGUGGUGAUUCCUGUUUGUGUUUUUUUUUUUAUAAAUAUAUAAUCCAUCCUAUUCCCCCCCUCCCCGCACUGGAAGUCCUCCCGUAUCUAAAUGGAAUUAGUGGAGAUCGAAGCCCCUUGUGUAAGGAACAGACAUGGUCCAUGGGCGCAGUUUCUUUCACAUUGUAACAAGUCUAAUUAUUCUGCAUGUGUCUUGGGCAACAAAAAAAGUAGGAGACAAACAGACACCUUCAGAAGGACAGAAAGCUUUACAGUGUGGAACGUGGACAAAAUACACAGAUGGAGGAAUUUUUACUUCUCCAAACUACCCCAACAAGUACCCUCCUGACAGAGAGUGUAUCUACAUAAUUGAAGCUUCACCCAGACAAUGCAUCGAGCUCCAUUUUGAUGACAAGUAUGCCAUAGAAACUUCAUGGGAGUGUAAAUUUGAUCACAUUGAAGUAAGAGAUGGACCAUUUGGCUUUUCACCAAUCAUUGGCCGUUAUUGUGGACAACAAAGCCCUCCUUUUAUAAAAUCAAGUGGAAGAUUCUUGUGGAUUAAAUUUUUUGCUGACGGUGAACUAGAAUCUCUUGGGUUUUCUGCACAGUACAAUUUCACACCAGAUCCAGAUUUUAAAGAUCUUGGAGUUCUUAAACCUUUACCUGUUUGUGAAUUUGAAAUGGGAGGACCAGAAGGAAUAAUAGAAUCCAUGCAGAUUCUUAAAGAAGGAAAGGCGUCUGCAAAUGAGGCAGUUGAUUGUAAAUGGUAUAUUCGGGCUCCACCAAAGUCUAAGAUAUACUUAAGAUUUUUGGACUAUGAAAUGCAAAAUUCAAACGAAUGUAAAAGGAACUUUGUUGCUGUUUAUGAUGGGAGCAGUUCAGUGGAAGAUUUAAAAGCUAAAUUCUGCAGCACAGUUGCUAACGAUGUGAUGCUGCGCACAGGACUUGGAGUAGUCCGCAUGUGGGCAGACGAAGGCAGCCGUACCAGUCGUUUCCAGAUGCUCUUCACAUCUUUCCAAGAACCCCCAUGUGAAGCAAAUUCAUUUUUUUGUCAUAGUAAUAUGUGCAUUAAUAAUACAUUGGUCUGCAAUGGAAUUCAGAAUUGUGUGUAUCCUUGGGAUGAAAACCACUGCAAAGAAAAACGAAAAUCAAGCCUUUUCGACCAGCUUACCAAUACUAGCGGGACAGUUAUUGGAGUCUCCUCUUGCAUUGUCAUCAUCCUCAUUAUUAUAUCUGUCAUUGUACAGAUCAAGCAACCUCGUAAGAAGUACAUCCAAAAGAAAGCAGAGUUUGACCAAACAGUAUUUCAGGAGGUGUUUGAGCCUCCGCAUUAUGAAUUAUGUACUCUUAGAGGUACGGGAGCUACAGCAGACAUUUCUGAUGUAACAGAAGAUUUUGAGAACUACCAUAAAUUACGGAGAUCAUCUUCAAAAUGCAUUCACGACCAUCACUGUGGAUCACUGUCUAGCGCUAAGGGCAGCCGUACUAACCUUAGCACAAGGGAGCCUACUAUACUAACAGACACCCCCAACCCACCCGCUAAUCCCAGUUUACAACCAAUGAACAGAAGAAACAUCCUUGUAAUGAAGCAUAGUUAUUCACAGGAUGCAGCAGAAACAUGUGACUUUGAUGAAAUUGAGGAAGUCCCCACCACAAGCCACAGGCUGUCGAGACAUGACAAAUCAGUCCAGCGGUUCUGCCUCAUUGGGUCUCUAAACAAACAUGAAACUGAAUACAACACAACUAGGGUAUGAGAAGCAAUCCAAAGGGAGAAGUGUUUUAAUUAUAUGUUUUGCUUUCAGAGAAGAACUUUUUGGUACUCUAGGAGACAAAGUAUGCUCUUUAGAAAGUUAUCACAUCCAUCUUCAGAGAGUGGACUCUGUUCUAAUCUCAUUCCACUGCCUUGUUACACAUAAUAGGACUUUCAGACACUCCUACCCUCAAUAUGAAGAUUCUGCUACUCAAUGACAUUUGUUGUAAUUUGGUUGCUGGCCACCAAGUGCUCCUUAGUUUUUAAAUACAUUUUGAAAUUUACUGGAUACUUGAAGAAGAAUCUAGUUACUGAUUGCAGAUACCCCAGCAUUAUUUGGUAUCUUUCUUUAAUGAGCUGAAAUUUAAUUUUAUGUUUUAUUAAACAAAACGGAUGUGAAGCAAAAUAUGAUUCAUUUCUCUUAAUAAACUUUAUUAAUUUGUAUGU